GCGAGCAGCCACAGACGGGCAGAGAGGUAACUACUACAGCUAACCGCGUUUUGUCGCUUCACAACCUCUUAUUGAAACACAGAGAGCGGAUUUAGAUUUGGAAUCGCGUUGCAGGGAUUCAUCCAAGCCUUUAUUUUGGAGCAGCAUUCCGCGAAAGAAUCGCACGAGACGGACGCAUGGGCUUCACUAACCCCAUGUUUCAAUGGCUGAUCUGGAACUGUUUUACUUUGAUCACUCGGAUCCAAGAGACACCUCCCUGUUUUUAAAGAAUCAAAGUAUCCACGGGCUCAGCUGCAGCAGCGGAGGAGGAGGAGGAGGAGGAGGAGGAAAGUCGCUGCGUCCCGGCGGAGGAGACGCUUCAGCACCAUGGACAGAGACCCGGAAAGCCGCGUGGCUGGAGGGGGAAACAGAAACUGCCUUCACGUGCAAACAGCAACACGAGGAAGAGGAGGAGGAGGAGGAUGUCCGGCUGAUUGAGACAAGUUCAGUAACCUGCAGACUGAGUCAGAGCUCCUCAAGUGAACUGUACGAGGAGGAGGAGGAGGAGGAGGAGGAGGAGGAAGAAGAUGAGGAGUACCCGGAACUUUACUUUUUGUCUGAUGAAGACCUCUCCUCUGACGGCUCAGGGAAGUCUGUGGAUUACGGCUUUAUCAUCGCAGUGACAUGCCUGGUGACGGGCAUCUCUCUGGUCGCCAUAUCCUACACGGUGCCCCGGGAGGUCCGCGUGGACCCGGACAGCGUCUCCGCCCGGGAGAUGGAGAGGCUGGAGAGGGAGAAAGCCCGUGUGGGGGCCCACCUGGACCGGUGUGUGAUUGCGGGACUGUGUCUGCUGACCCUAGGGGGCGUGCUCCUCUCCACCUUGCUCAUGAUCUCCAUGUGGAAGGGGGAGAUGAUGAGGAGGAAAGCCUUCGCCUAUUCCAAACACGCAGCCAAGUUGUACGGCUCCAUCAGUCUAAGAGCAGGAUCCAGCCCCACCCAUUUGUCAGCGGCUGAUGAGGAUUUAGAAGUGCUCAGCUGAAUGUAUAGACUGAGAAAAGUACUUAAGAAAUCCAAACAGCCUCUCCUAUAACAGACGAUCUGUUGGGGGAUUAAAUGCCUUUUUUUAUUUGUGGAAGCUGAGGUGGACGUGGACUUUUUUAAAGGGCAGGUUCACAUUUGUUUCAAGUUUGUCUUAAUACAUCUCUACCAUGCCCUAAUGUGUACUGAAAGAGGUUUUGUUUGCUUUAGUAGUUCCCUCUGUCUGUUGUAUCUGCAUGAUGCUCUUUAGGUGAGCAUUUAAAAAAAACAACCCUGAUAUAUCAGCGAAAGAAACAUUUGUUCGAAAGCUUUUGAGAUGACAACACUCUGCACAGGGGGUUUUCAAUUCUUAAAGACAAGGUUUUAUCAUCACUGGAGAGUUAGCACAGCAGGAAAUGUUUUAGUUUUUCUUUGUCCAUGGCGAGGUAACAAUAGAAAUACAGCAUUCAGAAGAAAAAAAAGAAUCUGCCAGGAAUGUCAGCUUGCCUUGCAUUAAUUGUAUUGGCCAAAAUGGCAGCUUGUGAUAUACAAUUGGCAGAGCUUUGAGUAUUUUUUUGGGGGGAGGAUGGCCAGGCUGAGAACCAGGCAUCGGCCUUUAUUUGCCAGAACCUCAAAUAGGGUUUAGUCAUCCUUUAUUUUGAGCAAUGGGCGUGUCCAGAUUUUUUUUUUUCUGGGGUGGCCCAACUGGGACAAUUAUGAAAGGGUGGCAUGAAGUUUGUGUGAACACACAUUAAUUAAUUUCAUUUCUUUGCCCUUUUCAUUUCUACUUAUCAGAUCUACUUUUAUGAAACACAAAAAGAGUCAACAUAUAAAUCUUCUAAGCUUAGUUCUUUAAAGUUCAAAGUCACAAAUUAAAAUACUGUUGCACGCUGUCUAAUUUGUAAAAAUAAAUUUCUUGGAAUUAGUUCAGUACCAAAACGACUUCUAGGAGUUGAUCUUAAAGUCCCACCUCUGAUGAGGCAAAUAGCCAGUCAUAGUUUGGCACCUGGGGUUGCCAAUCAGAUUUCAAUGGGGGCCUUGCCUCCUCUGACCACUGUCUUGGACACGCCCCUGUUUUGAGUAUUGAAGACGCUAUGCAGCCCACUUCAGCUAAACAAUGUGACAUAAAAUAAUGUUUUAAGACUUUAAUUCAGUGGUUUUGUGUCUUUUAUGUGUUAAAACUCAUUCACACUUAAUUCCAACAACUACAACAGAAGUGCUGUCAGGUUCUUCACAGACCCUCACAGAUGGUUUCAAGAAGUCUCUGGUUGCCUUUUAAAUCCACAUUCACAUUCAGUUAUGGAAAAAUAACAACAACUGCAAACAGAAUAUUGUAAUUGUAAACAUUCAAUCACAGAUUUUCCUGAUUGCGCUGCCUUUAAAAAUAAUCAUUUUAUCCCAUUAAAUAAAUGUACAACCCUGUUUGUGGAGUUGGCGACCAAAAGCAAACAAGAAUUGGUCUCCAACGGCAACCAGGCCACUUUGACCCGCCAGCCUGAUUGCAAUGCUUGUCCAAGCUAGGUUCAGAUGUUUGAUGGAUGACCCUCCAUCACCAGGCUGGGGGAGGUUAUGUUUUUUUCAUGUGCGGUCAAAAUGUGUCUGUAUGCAGCCUUGAUUUUGGAAACGUCCAUCUUUGUGUCAUCAUACGUCCACCAUACUGCAACUCAGCAUAAAAACACUGUCCUGGAAAAACACACAGAGAGUGAAUUUGGAACUAAGCAUUCAUAUUUCUAAGAUAGCUUCUUUAUUUCAUGAGCCCAGGCUAGACAUCAUUUUAACUUUAUUGGACACAUUAAUUGGAACGUAUCUCUUUACAGUCAGCAUGAGCGAGAGCAGCAAACACAGCAGCCAUAUACAUAUGGGCAUUUUAGUGCUGUAUUAAUAUUUAAACUUAAGUUCAAAGGAGAGAUAAUCUGUGCUCCCAGGGUUCUAGCUCAACAUCCUCUCCAUUUGACACACUAAGGAAAGAUUUUGAAAGAUUUUGUGUUCUCUGCGGGAGUUUUUUCUUUGGAUUAAUACGUACAAAUCACCACCUACCGCAUUCAGAU